AUGAUAAGUUACUCUUUCCUCAAACCCGCCCAAAAUAAUAAGUUUAAAGCACUUUCCACUUUGUGCCAAAAAGAAUUUACCAUAUCUCACGGUGGAAAAAAUGAUAUAGAAAAACACCAAAAAUGCAAUGAACACCAAAAAAGAGAAAAAAGUGCAAAUGUAUCUCUAUCUUUAAAAACAUUUUUAGAGAACGAUCAAAUGACCACACAAGAGGAGAAAGUGAUAGCUGCGGAAGUUACAAAGGCGUACCACUCGGUCAAGCAUAGUUUAUCUUUCAAUUCGCUUGAAUGUGAUAUUAAAUUGGAUCAUACUUUGUACACUGAUUCCAAAAUUGUCGAAAAACUGACACUUGGUCGAACUAAAGCCAGUGUCAUUGCUCACAAUGUUUUAGGGCCAGCGUCAACUCAAGAGACAGUCGAAACUUUGCAAAAUAACACAUUUUAUAGUAUUGCUACUGAUGCCUCUAAUCAUGGUGCCACGAAAAUGUUUCCGCUGAUGGUUAGAUUUUACAGCCCAACUACAAAUUUAAAAACUUGUAUACUUGACUUUUAUGAAGAUGCGAAUGAGACUGCGUCAGACAUUCAUAUGAAUUUAGUAACACAGCUGAAAGAGCAUAAUAUUGAUAUUAAAUUCCUUACCAGUUACUGUGCAGAUAACGCAAAUGUGAAUUUUGGGUGUCGCAGUUCUGUUUUCCAAUUAUUGCGUCAUGAUAAUGAUAACAUUUUAUCCGUGGGAUGUCCUGCACACAUCUUGCACAACAGUGUAAAGCAUGGUCUGGGUAAGAGAGAAUUUGAUUUAGAGAAUUUCAUUUAG